CAGUAUUUACAUUACUAUGUAUUAUAUCUAGUCUUAAUUUCUAUUUUAAAUAUUAAAAUAUAUUUGUAAUAGGUAAUUUUUAUUUGAAUAUUAUAAAAACGCAUUCAUUUUAAAGAAUUAUAAGACGUUAUCAAGAUGUUACCUUUUAAAAAAGGUAGUUUUCGCAUUGGAGAAGCAGAAUUAAAAUGCCAAAAAGCGAAUUGUGAUUAUUACGGAAAUCCACAAUGGGAUGGAUUUUGUUCGAAAUGUUUCAAAGAUAUGCAAAAACAAAAACGAAUGAAUGCUUCUCCAAAGAAAGUAACUCCCAACAAGACGGUACAUUUAAACUCCAAACAAGAUUUUAAGAAAACUUCUUUAAUUGAAAAAAAACCUAAACUUUCUUAUUUGAAAAUGUUCAAUACUAUUAAAUCAAAAGACGAUAUUUCUGAGAAGUUAAAAAAGGAUAACGAUCCUAUUAUAACAAAAAAAUUGGAACAAGUAGAUACAGAAUAUUUGGAAAUACUGUCUGAACCCAAGAGUUUACGUAAUGAUUUAAAAAAGAUGAUAGGUAAUUUUUGUAAUAUGAUGGUAAUGAACCAUUUAAAAAGUACUGUUGAUAUUCAAUCUGAAAUUACUCAACAUUUUUACCAAAGUGUAUUGGAUAUGUUAAAUAAUAAUCAUUCGUAUGAUGAGUUAAAUCAUGAAAAAAUGGAACAAAUAUUAGAUUACGCUGAAAAAUAUUCUAUGAUAAAAUUGUAUAAAUUUUUAUUUUGUAUGACUUUGGCAGACGAAGAAGAAGAUUUAGCAAUUCAAAAACGAAUUCGUCAGCUCAGUUGGGUUAAUGCAAAACAUCUAGAUUGCGAUAUUGACAAAACUAAUGCUCAAAUUAUUGAAUUGGUUUAUAAAGCAAUUGCAGAGCUAUUAGAUAUGGAUUCGGCUACAGCACCACAAGACAAACUAGCAUGUGUUGUUCGAUGUUGUCGUCAUAUAUAUGGUGUUUUACAAGGUGGUGAUAACGGAGUCAAGGGGCCAGCGUCUGCUGACGACUUUUUGCCUGUACUCAUAUUUGUAGUCCUUAAAGCUAAUCCUGUUCGGCUUAAAUCAAAUUUACACUAUGUAACUAGAUUUUGUAACGCGUCAAGGUUAAUGUCUGGUGAAGCAGGAUACUACUUCACUAACUUGUGUUGUGCUGUAUCAUUUAUUGAAAAGAUAAGUGCUGAACUUUUGAGUAUGAAUACUGAAGAGUUUGAACAGUAUAUGAAUGGAACACUAGUAUCUGAUACUUGGGAUUCUGCAUUAAUUAUAUGUGAAGGAAUGCAUCAAAUGUGUGAGCAGUUAGCAUUAUUAGAAGACUUAAAAAGGAGAAAUAUAAGAAUCGUCGAAGAUACCUUAAAGUUUAAAAAGGAAAUGUCUGAUUUUAAGGAGAAUUUUAUGGAUCAGUUCGCUGCACUUCGAGAAGUUUAUACUAUAAGUGAAGAUUGCGAUCAAGAAAAUCUAAAAUUGUCAGCUAGUAUUUUCGAUUUUAAUCCUUCAUCUUCCAACAUUACUGACUGGACCCCCCAAGUUGUAGCAGAACGGACACGUACUAGUUCAUCGUGUACUGAUGCUGAUUCUUGGGAUAUUCACUCUGCCGAAACAGUUUCAUUACAGUCAUUAGAAACUUGUUCCACUAUGUCAUUGGAAAAUAUGGCUUCUUCUGGAAAUAAUCCUGACCAAUCAUCAACAAGGUCAAAGGAUUGUGAACGGCCACAUUUAAAUGAAAUACAGGAAAUAUCCAUUCAAGGAUGGCAAAUACCAAGUAUACCAUGUGAUACAGGUGGUAAAACUGUUAUAAAUUCAAAAGAUAACCAAUAAUUUUUUAUAAUAAUUAAUAAUUUGCAUUUUUCAUUUUAUAUUAUUACUCUGUCACUUAGGUAUUUCUUGUAAACAAAAUAAUUAAAUUUAAUAUAUUCGAGAAUUUAGAUUGAAAUUAUUGUCAUUUUUAGUAUUUUAAACUGUACAUGUUUUUCUUUUUUGUGUGUAUUGUUAUUUAUUUACAUUUUAUUAUAUAUUACAUUUCUUUUAUUAUUAAAUGAUUCU